AUGAUGAAUCCGACACUUGCUUCACGGGCAUUCGUGCCAUCUCGGUCUCUCUCCACAUCGUCGGUGCGACUUUUGCGACCGCGCACAUCGACCCCCACCAGCGCCUCGCAACCGGUGCUGCAAAAGAACGCACCCCCACCGCCAACCCGUCGAUCCCCCGUCCAAUCACCACCACCACAACCCCGACCCGGAAAGAGAGGCGGGAAAGAAGGUUCGGUCUACGCAAGCUACCGUGCACUUCCGUACAACACCAAACUCGUCUUCUGGACUUGUGGCGCCAUGUUUGCCGGGCUCGGACUGUUGGCAGCGGACAAACUCGAGCAACUCUUCCCUGCGCGCAACAACCGACCCACCGAAUCCAAGCCGGAUGCACAGCCCAAGUUGAUCGACCACAAACCGCGUCUACUUGCCAUCUCGGUCGUCGAUCGUGACCCCAACCGCUCAUAA